AUGAAACUAUGUAUUGAACCGGAUUUGCAAUACCUAGGCAUCAGCGGGGCAGUGACUCAAUUGGCCAUCUGGGAAGUCAGAGACGAAGGAACCGAUGUUCAUCGAUGUAUAACCAAUGAGUUGAGUGAUCAGUCGCGAUUGACAAAUGUGGCUGAUAGACUUCAAGAGAUGGCACAAGUGACCAAGGCAUUUGAUUUCCUGUCUCUAUUCUCUAAGCCAAGCUGUCUAUCUACGGAUGCAGAUCGUGUUUCGGUUGCUAUUUAG